UUUAGAAAGAAAAUUAUCACAGAAAUGAUGAUAAAUGUGUAGAAUAUUAUUCUUUCAAUGUUUAUACUUUAUGUUGAUUGAUUUUCGCGAAUCCACUGGUAUAUUUUCGCAAUUUUAGUUGACGUAUUUUCUAUAGGCGUGUCAGUCAGGCCGGGAUAUGUCUAUAUUAUAAUACCCGUAUACGUCUGUCUGUCUGUCACGCAAAAUGGUAGCUUAGCUGCGCAAGCAGCGAGACGCACGUGAUGUGGUAUAAAAAGGACGGGCGAACCCGUGGAUUUUUCCACGGCUAACGACUUGUUUAUGCAAAAAACAAUCUAGUUUGGAGUAGUAUGUUUACAUUAUGCUCGAUGGAGAAACAAAUUGAACUUAAACGUCGCCUUUCUGUUUUAACUUUAAAAGAACAACUUUAAGACUGAAGGUAUAAUUACACAAGGUCAAAUUCAAAUAGUGUAGUGGUAUUAAUUAAAUUGUAAUUUUUGGGUCAAGCCUCAGAUUGCAAGGGUAAAGGCGCCUUGGCCAGUUGCUGAGAACCUAUAUUUUGGCUGCUAACAAUACUGACAUCGUGAAUCAUACCGUGACACUUUGGUUUGUGUUUGUCAAGGGGAAACUCAACACAAAAACGUGUUGCUUCUGAGAGGAAAAAUUGCUAAAUAAGAGGCAAAGUUUUUAGAUUUUUUUUUUUUCUUUAGGUCCUUUGUUAGUCAUCGGUUUACAUUUUGUAUUUUUUUUUAUUCUUUAUUAUUUUUUAAUUAUUACUCGAAGAAGGUCAGAAAACUCUUUGAACCUGAGUGUGGCAAUUCUGACCAAUAUUGAGACGUAUCUUUAAAGCUACGAACUCGAUCAUAUACGGAGAUUUUAAUUCGAACUGUUAAUUUAACGCCUGCUUAAACAUUUUGCAGAUGCUAAAAGAACAGAGAAAGAGUUUAGAGAUUUUUCUUUAAAAAAGAAUGGAAAUGUUGCUUGCAAAUUUUUUUGUAAAUUCAAUACUCAUCGAAGCUCUGUCUGCGUUCCGCAUGAGUGAGCAAAACAAAUCAGCCGCAACUGUUCAUGUCAAUCUGAGCAUGCUGAAGAACUUGCCAAAGUAAAGCAAUACGAGUGUUUAGCUAUCUACACAUUUAAUCGCACAAAUAAAUAAAAGUUAUGACAAAAACAACAGGAAGAACCAUCAAGACUUAACGAUGAUGUGGUUUGGUAUAACUUUAAUACUCUUUGGUUGCCUAGUUCAUAUUGCUAGAGGAGCACCACUGUAUAACACCACAGAUACACUACAUGCUACAGAACAAAAUGUUACAAAAAGAUUUUUUAAAAACUCUGUUACCCAGCCUCAAAAACACGUGAAGGGUCAAGUGCGAGAUUUCAUGAAUGAAGUGAUCGGACAUACUCUUCACGGGCAUCGGGAGCAACCCGAUCGAUGGAUGGACUUUUAUAAUAACGAUGCAUCAUGGGAUCGUUACAUGAGUCCACAACUGCACCAUCAUUCACAUAUGCAAGUUCAUGACCCUCAUUAUGAUGUUAGCUUAAGUUUCCCGAAUAACUACGAAGAGACUGAUCGGGUUGCAGCCAGUCAAUCCCAUCACAUAGAAGCGUAUCCCGGUGAAAUUGUUUCGGGUGAGAAUUCUCUGUCAAAGUUUAUCGCUCCACCGGUAUUUGACAAUCCUUCUGAGGAUAGGGAUAAUAUAAAUGAAGAACAAAAGAAAUUUUUACACACACCAGAAGGUGAAGAAACAGAAGAACAAAACACUAGACAAUUAGUAGACAGUUUAAAAUCUUUAAUGAAACCUUUGAGAACACCCCAAGAUGCUUUGCACGCCAACGGGAAUGCGAGAGAAUUCGAACAUUUAAAGGAAGAUACCAGUUCUAAAGAAUAUUCUCAUGGUAGAGACGACACUCAGUCUAGUUACAAUGACGAAAAUAGAGUCUCCUCUCAAAACGAGGCUGAAAACAACCAUUUUGAUCUUGACUACUAUGGCGACCGAUCAGAAGGUUUAGCAAAGAGCCGAGAAAACCUUCCGAGAACUGACACCAAUGACGGUUCUUUUAGUCAGGAUCCUUCUGGUAAGGUCGCAGGGGAUUAUGAAGACAAAAAUUACAAUGGAAAAGAUUAUGGGGAGGGCGGUAGAGGUUUGGACGAUUAUAUGAGUAACCGUGGAAAUCGUUUUGCUGAAUUUAAAUCUGACGAUGAUAUGCCAGAAGAAGGCUAUGGCAGAUUUGAACAGUUUCAUAGUAACCGAAAUAACGAGAACGACGGUUUCGGCGAUUCUAGCUUGCGAAAUAACCGUUACGAAAAUGAGUACGAUAACAAUGAUCAUUUUCACAAUAACGAAGAACCAGAGAAUCGGGAUAGACUGGAUAACCAAGACAAUAUAGACAAUUAUGAGUCUCGUUUUAGAAAUGAUAAUCAGCAUGAAAAUACAGAUGAAAACGACUCAAGUGAUAACUCAGUCAGUCGCGGAGCUGAAAAACCAAAACCAAUUGAAAUGGUUCAAGAUGAUUCUGGGCGGAUUAAACCUAUACAAGGUAAUGGUGACAUGAAACCGAACCAUAUUUUGCAUUCUGAAAAACCAACUGGAAAUUCUAAAUCAAGCAAAGCUUCUCAUGAAACUCCAGUUAAAAGAAGCAAAAAAAUCUCCUUGCAAAUACAGGCAAAAAAUUAAUCAUCGAGGAAGUCUUGUUUUUAUUACCUUGUUUAGCACAGAUUUUAUUUUUGUUUCGAAACAAAAUAUGGUGGCUCUGUUUAGCGUUUCUAUCACGUAAGUCCGGUGCCAGUUUUUACACUAUGUUACGCAUUGGACACAUAUACAUAUACGCCAUCUUUCAUGCACGCUCAUAUCAACUUACAAGACAUUCAAGAGUACGUUACACGCGAUCAAAAUAACACGCACCAAAUUCUAUGUUGUUCUGUUGCAGUUAAAGAAAUCCCGAUUUUUCGAUUCCAAUUUCUGAUUUAUGAACACAUUGCCGUCAAGUCUUCUACAUAUACAUUCAUUUUUUUUAUCACAAGAUGUU